AUGGGAGACGCCGUGGCCGAUGCCCUCGAGCAGCUCACCCCCGAGCAGAUCGAGCAAUUCCGCAAAUACUUCAACAUGUUCGACAAGGAAAACAAGGGAUUCAUCCGCGCCACACAGGUCGGCCAAAUCCUGCGCACCAUGGGUCAGGCUUUCGAGGAACGCGAUCUGAAGCAGCUGAUCAAGGAGUUCGACACUGACGGCUCCGGCGAGAUCGAGUUCGAGGAGUUCGCCGCCAUGGUGGCCACCUUCGUCGUGGGAGGAGCCGAUGACGAGGGGUUGGAGGAGGAGCUGCGUGAGGCCUUCCGCCUCUACGACAAGGAGGGUAACGGCUACAUCAACGUCUCUGACUUGAGGGACAUCCUCCGGGCACUUGACGACAACAUCAACGAGGAUGAACUUGACGAGAUGAUUGCCGAGAUUGACCAGGACGGCUCGGGAACCGUCGACUUCACCGAAUUCAUGGAGAUGAUGUCCGGCGAA